CAUCCGCCCGCCCCGCGCUCUCCCCUUCCUUCCCAGCCUGCUUCUGCUUCUGGCGCUCCGCCUUCUUCUCCCUGCGCCGUUGCUCGGCUCCGGCCAUGGCGGGGGAACAGCGGCGGCGGCGGCUAAGCUAAGCCGCCGGGCAAGCGAUGCUCUCGCGGCCGGAGCGAAGGAGCCGCCCGGGCCCCUGACGCAGAAUUGUAGAAAGCGGCGGCGGCGGCGAGGAGGAAGAAGAAGAAGAAGAGAGUGGCGAGCCAUUCCGUGUCGUGCUGUUCCCUAAGCAGUUGAGCUCAGUGGGUUAUGGGAUGGAUGAAGCUGAGCAGGACCAGUCUGAAGCCCGCCUCAAAGAGCUCUUUGACAGCUUUGACGUCACCGGCACUGGCUCCCUGGGGCACGAGGAGCUGGCCGAGCUCUGCCACGUCCUGCAGCUGGAAACGGUUGCCCCGGGGGCGCUGCAGCAGACGCUUCUGCAGGGCGAUCUCCUGAGCCGGGUCCACUUUGACCAGUUUAAAGAAGCCCUCAUCCUCAUCUUGUCCAGGACAUUAACGAAUGAAGAGUCCUUCCAAGAACCAGAUUCUUCCCCAGAAGCCCAGCCCAAAUACAUCAAAGGUGGGAAGCGCUAUGGGAGGCGAUCUCUGCCAGAGUUUCAGAAAUCUGUGGAGGACUUUGCGGAGGUGACAGUGAUCGAGCCUCUGAAUGAGGAAGCCCAGCCAUCUUGCAUCUCCAACAAUGACUGCGAGGAGCACUGGAGAUCCCAAGACAGCGAGGAGUAUGAGGCCGAAGGUCAAUUGAGAUUCUGGAAUCCCGACGACCCGAAUGCCUCCCCGAACAUCUCCCCCACUCAAGACUGGAUAGAGGAGAAGCUGCACGAGGUCUGCGAGAGCCUAGGCAUCUCCAGAGACGGGCAUCUCAGCAGGAAGAAGCUGGUCUCCAUUUGCAAACAGUACGGCUUGCAGAAUGUUGACAUGCAGGUGGCAGAGGACGUCUUCCGCAACCUCGAGCACGACGGAACAAUGAGCAUCGAAGACUUCUUCUACGGCUUCUUCAAAAUCGGGAAGCCUCUCCCACCUUCGGCUUCGACCCCCUACAGGCAACUCAAGCGCCAUCUCUCCAUGCAGUCCUUUGAUGAAUGCGGGAGGCGGACCACCACGCCUUCGGCAAUGACAAGCACCAUCGGCUUCCGCGUUUUCUCCAACUUGGAUGACGGAAUGGGCUAUGCUGAGGUAGAGCAGAUCCUUGACGCCUGGCAGGAAGAAGGAAUUGAGAACAGCCAUGAGAUCCUGAAGGCCUUGGAUUUCAACCUGGACGGAAGAAUUAACCUGACGGAAUUGACUCUCGCCCUGGAAAAUGAGCUUCUCAUUUCAAAGAACGGAAUAUACCAGGCUGUGCUGGCCAGCUUCAAAACAGAGAUCCGACAUUUAAUGGAGCAAGCGGACCAAGAAGCCCGAGAGAAGGAGAAGCUCCGUUUGGACUUGGAGAAGGCGGAGAAAUGGAAACUGUUCAUGACCUCCGAGGUGGAUGAGCGGCACUCUGCCAUCGAGCGCCAAAACGAAUACAACCUAAGCAAGCUGGAAGAUGAGUACAAGGAGAGGGUGGCAGCGCUCAAGAGCGAGCUGCAGAGAGAGCGCGAGCAGAUCCAGCAGCAAGCCAGCAAGCAGCAGGCCGACCUGGAGCAGGAGAUGGCGAAGCUGAGGACCGAGGAGAACGACUUGCGGGACUGCCUGGCUCUGACGCUGAAGGAGAACAGCCGCUUGGAGAACGAACUCCAGGAAACCGGAGAGAAGCUACUGAAAUGCCAGGGCACCAUCAGCAAACUGCAGAAGAACUGGGAGAACGUCCUAGCGGAGAAGUAUGGGGAUCUCGAUCCUGGCAGCGCAGAGUUCUUCCUCCAGGAGGAGCGGCUGAUGCAGAUGAAGAAUACAUAUGAACGGCAGUGCAGGGAACUCCAAGACCAAAUCGACGAGCUUCAGUCUCAGCUGGAAGAGUACCAGGGUCAAGGCAGAGUUGUCCGGCUGCCUCUGAAUGCCUCUCUCUACGAGGAGCUGGACGAUAGCUCUCAAGCGCCUGAUUCUGAAGACUGCAACCCACUAAAUAUGAGCAUAGAAGCCGAAAUGGCUAUCGAGCAAUUGAAAGAUCAGCACCAACAGGACCUCUGCAGCUUGCAGGAGGAGCUUCAGAACAGGCUGUGCCAUUAUCAGAAGCAGCUGGAGGAGAGCAAGACUCGCUGCGGCCAGGAGCAAGAGAUCCUGCAGCAGCAUCACGCCCAGGAAAGGCAGGCCUUGGAAGAGCAGGUUGACCGGCUGCAAGCCCAGGUGUCUGAGCUCCAGGAGGAGCUGGGGAGGCUCAGGCAAGAGUGGCAGGAGGCCGACUCCCAGCAGAAGGCGGAGACGGGCAGCCUGCAGGCGUCCUUGGAGGAGAAGGCCAGCCUGGUGGACCAGCUGAAGUUCCAGCACCAGGAGGAGCUGCAGGCCAGGUUGCAGGAGGCCCGCGAGGGUUUCGGCCGUGAGCGGGAAGAGCUGGUCCACGCCAGGGUCCGGCUGGAAGAGAAAAUGAGAGCCAUGGUGCAGGUCGUGCAGGAAGAGAAAGCAGAGAUGGAGGGCGGCUUCCACGAGCAGCUGCAGAGGCUGGAGGAGAAGCAAGUCCUGGAGAAGGAGGCGCUGCAGCAAGAGCUGGCGGGGAAGUAUCGGGAGGAGCUCCAGGAGGAAAGGGCAAAAAUGGAAAAUGAAUUUAACGGAAGAGUUUCUCGGAUGGAGGAGCAGUUUGCCGUGGACCGACAGGCGCUUGUGAGCAAGUACGGGGAGGCCCUGAAAGGCCUCGAGGAGCGCUACCAGCGGGAGUUGCGCGAAGCCUCUGAGGAGAAAUCUCAGUGGGAGUUUGAGAAGGAUGAAACGGCCCAGGAAGACGCCGAGGCCCAGGAGAGGUGGAAGGAAAUGCUGGCGAAGGAGAAAGAGGCUUUGUCGGCCCUCACGGAAGAGAAGCAUCUUCUGGAGAAGCGUUUUGAGGAGUGCGUGAGCUCUCUGGUCCUGGAGAAGGAGCAGCUGCAGAAGCAGCUGGAGGAUGUGACGGAAAGGGAGCGCGAGCUCCACCGGGGACUCCAGCGAAGGCAAGAGGUCCACGAGCAGGAGCUCCAGAAGAGAGGAGACGAAGGAGAAAUGUCCGGAGUUGAGGAAGAUCAGCAGCUCCUUCUCCGGAAGCUCAGGAGGCUGGAGGCUGAAUUCAAGCAGGAGAAAAGCAAGCUGACUUCAAGGCUCGCCACCGUGGAACACCUGGAACAGGAGGCGCUCAGCAGAGCGGCUGAAGAGGAGGAGGAGCUGACUCUUGAAGGCAACAUUGACGAGCUUCAGCAGGAGCUGCAAUGUCUGUCCAAACUGCAAAGAAAUUUAGCUUUUUUGAACAGAGAAGCAGACACGCAGAGGGGUGAUUUCCCAGGGCCAGCAAAGCCCCAGGAGCCAAGGGAACUGAUGGACUUUCUUGCGGACCAGAAAAAGGACCAAGAUCCCUCAGCAGAAGGUGGCGCAGCAGCAGCUGUCUCCACAGAGGGGAAGCUGCUGAGAAGCCCAGGUCGCUCUCCUAGUUUUAUCGCACUGGUUCCAGAAUCGUUGGGGGACUCGCGGUUGCUGAACGUAAGGGACCAAGAAGACGCUCAAGUGAAAACGGACGGUGGCAUCGGAGAGUCAGGCAGCCUGGCGAUGGAAAUUGAAGAGACAAUCCUGGAAGGACCCAUGGAGACGACGCUUGUCUUGGAGAAGGCCUAUGAGGAGAUCUGGGUGGAGAACGAUACCCUCAAGCGCCAGCAGCGCCAGCUUCGAGAGCGAAUCAGCCUCCUAGAGGCCGAAUGUGACCAGGCCACUCUGGACCGGCAAGACAUGGCUUCCCAGGUGGAGAAGGAGCUGGACGAGAUCCUCAAGACGAUCCCCCAGCCUAACGCCUUGCCCUGCGGAAGCGAGGAGUGCAAGGAGAGUCUCUGUCGGGGACAAGCCAGUGUUGCAAAACUGCACCCAGAUUGCGUCAGAGGGAGCAAAAGGCCCUCGGCCGGAGCCCCAGAGGCCGAACUCCACGCUGUGGAUAUGGCAGACCACAGAGGGGCAAUUGGGUCUGAGAAGGGAGAGCUGGAAAACCAGGCGCCAGAGCUUUGGGGCGCGGCCGCCGAGAGAGACGCGAGCUCCAGGGCGGAGAACAAAGGUUUCCCCGUGCCAGAAGAACUCGAGCUGCAGAACCAGACCUUGAAAGCCGAGGUGGGCAAGUUGCUCGAGCAGAAUGCCAGGCUGGAAGACCACCUGCCCCAGCUGCUGCAUCUGCAGAGCAGGCUGGAAGAGAGCGACCGAGAGAGUCUCGCGCUGACGCAGGAGAAGGUGCAGCUGCAGGAGCGGGUGAUGGAGCUGGAAGAAGCCCACGGACAGGUGUCCGCGGAGAACGCCGAGCUUCUGAGCACCAACCUGGUCCUGCAGAGCCGGCUCGGCAAGAUGGAAGCCUUUAUGGCGACCCUGAAGACCACCCCGAAAUCAGGGCGGCGCCACGGCUGGGGUGAGAACGGAGCCCGGGACGCGGAGACGGAGGCAAGGGGGCUCCUUGAGCUGAACAGGAAGCUCAAGGAAAAGGUGGCGGCGCUGCUGAAGCAGAAGGGGACCCACGCUCAGGAGAGGGAGGACUUGAACGCAGCGCUGUGGGGCUUGAAGAGCGCCUGUGGCGAGCAGCGGCGGGAGCUGGAUCUCAUGAGGUGUGAGAUGGAUCGCCUCAGAGAGGAAAAUGCUGUUUUACGGAACGAAAUCGCCUUUAUGAACGAGGAAGGCAGCAUUUGCGACCUGCGCUUGAGGGAGCUUAACGGGUCUCGAGAAGAACUCUGGCAGCAAGUGGAGUCUGUGCAGAAAGAGAAAGUUGCGGCGCAAAAAUUGGCCAAGAACCUGAAGAAGCAGGCCUCAGAACUGAAAGCCCGGAAUCAGCAGCUGGAGUUUGAGAAUGCAGAGCUUGACCGAAAAACGUCUCCCCACCAAGUGGAUGCACAGGAUCUUAACCAACGGCUGCGGAAGGUCCUUCGGCAGAAGGAGGCGGGGAAGGGUGUGCCGGAGGAGAGGGAAGGCUCCUGGCUCCGGGAGGAACUGGAAAACUGCAAACUCCAGACACUGGAGAUGGAGCUGUCUCAGCUCAGGGCUCAGGCCCUUGCCCUGGAGCAGGAGAACUACUUCCUCAAGGAAGAGCUGGAAAAGGGAAAGCAGAUUCCCAGGUGCCCGGACCUCUCUGACCUCCAGAAUGAGAUUUCCGGUGUAAUUGUGAAAAACGAGAAGCUUUUGAAAGAGAACGAAGCCCUCAGUGAGGAGCUGAACAGAUGUGCGCAGAAGGUAGCCAAAGUGGCCUUCCUGGAGGAUCUCGUCGCUUCCCUGAAGCAGGAGAAGUCGUCUCUGGAGCGCCAGAAUCAGACUCUGAAAACUCAGAAGGCAGCGUCGCAAGACAAGAUGCAGAAUUUUGACGAUGCUGUGCAGAAUACCCAGGUGUCCAGGCUCAAGUCUGACCUCCGGGUGUCCCAGCAGGAGAAGGAGGCUCUGAAGCAGGAAGUGAUGUCGUUACACCAGCAGUUGCAGACCAGCAGUGAUAAGAAUCGGGCCCUUGAAGCAGCUGUACAUUCGGCGGGGCUGCAGAGCCAACAGAAGCAGCUGUGCUGGGACGAACUGGGUCUCCUGGCCAAGCAAGACCAGCAGCUCUUGAGGCAGGACAACGAGCGGCUCCAGCAAGAGCUCCAGAGCGCCAAAUCAGAUCUCGCUCAUUCCAGAGAGAAGAUCCGUCAGCUGGAAUCCGCCAUCCUGACCCAGAAGCACUUAAAACACCAAAGCCAUUCGGGUAUCGUGAACGCCAUUGAGCAGGAGAAGCUGAGCCUGAAGAGGGAGUGUGAGAGGCUGCAGAAGGAGCUGGCCUCAGCUAACCGGAAGAUCAGCCAGAUGAAUUCCCUCGAGCACGAGCUGGAAGCCAUCAAUCUAGAAAACGAAGGCCUACGGAAGAAGCAGGUCAAACGGGACGAACAGGUGAUGGAGCAGCUGCUACACUCGAGCUCCAGCGUGAUGCUUAGCCCGUCUCAGCAUCCUCGCGACCUCCAGCAGCAAGGCUGCCCUAUGGUCCCCCGGGAGGAGCACCAGCAGCUCCAGCGCCAGUUACUGCAGGAGGAGAGGAGGUGCCAGCGUCUGCAGGAGGAGCUCGAAAACCGGCCCUUGGAGACGAACAUGGCCCAGGGUGGACAAAAGCAUCUGCUCAAAACCAUGGAAAAGCGCAUGAUGGAUGUUGAACAGCAGCUGAGGCUUGUGAAGAGGCUUCUCCAAGACAAAGUCAAUCAGUUGAAAGAACAGCUUGCCAAGAACACGAAAGCCGACGAGAUGGUGAAGGACCUCUUUGUGGAGAACGCACAGCUUCUGAAGGCCUUGGAGAUGACCGAGCAGAGGCAGAAGACGGUGGAGAAGAAGAACUACUUGCUGGAAGAAAAGAUUGCCAACCUUGGCAGGAUCGUCAAGAACCUGACCUCGCCCACCUUGGGCUCCGCGGCUCAGCUGGGGUCUUAGCAAAGCCAUACCCGCCUGUCUCUGCACAGCUCGGAGCACACUUUACUUAAAACUGCCUUUUCAAUGCUGCCCUUUUAACAGUAGUGACAAAGGCUGCCCUUUGGGCUGUUCAUUCGCCGCCCCAAAGAAACCCCGAUUCUGUUAUUGGGUGCACAUUAUCCCCAGAUGCGUUUUGGCGCAAUGUCGCUCUGCCAGCCCCAGAAGGUGGCCAGACCGAGGCUUAUCUUCUCAUCAGGGGGCUCAGGAAACGCCAGAGCUCUUAGAGUUUCUCGUUUCCUGAUCUGACGGGGCAGCAGAGGUGAGAAAACAGAUGGGAAGUGGGCAGAGCAGAGAAGACCAGCUGAGGACAAGGGAGAUUUGAACCCCAGGCUCUUGGGGAUUAAGGGGAGAUCUGUAGAUGGAUCUCUUCAGGGAAUCUCAGGGCCAGGAUCCAAACGUGGACCUCAGGGCGCCCCGUAGCCCACAAGCAUCACUGCUCAAAGGGCCACAUUGCUCAGACAGGUGAACCAAGCCUGGAGAAUGUUUAAUCAAGGGUGGGGAGCCACAGGCCUGGGAACCAAUUGCACCCCAUCUUUGCCUCUCUAGAUGCCCCUCCGGAUGGCCCCUAGGCCACAUCCCCUCCCCACAAGCCACAGCCCCUCCCCAGCCCUGCUCCACACACCUCCUGAGGUUCCUUGCCUGGCUGGAAUGUGCCCAUGAGGGCAGGAUAAUUCCUUCUGCGUGUCUGCAAGGCUGUGCAUCCCUUUAGGGAAGGGUUGUAGCUCAGUGGUAGGGCACCUGCCUUGCAAGCAGAAUGUCCCAGGUUCAACCCCCCCCCCCAGUCGGGCUGGGGGAGGCUCUGGAGAGCUGCUGCCAGUUGGUGUAGACUGAGCUGGGUGGACCAAUGGUCUGAUUCAGUCUAAGGCUCUAAUGUGCCAGUGUGGCAUCUGAGAGAGGGAGAGAGAGAGAGAGAGAGAGAGAGAGAG